GUCGAUGGUCUUUAACUGCUUUGCUGGUUUGGUCUGGUCAUUGGAGUGUUGUACAGAAUGGAGCUUCCCCAACUGGAAAAUGUGAGACGGCGAAGGUGUGACAGUGCAGCCUCUGUGCCGCAGUUCUGUAACUCUCCUACAAUGAUUGUGAUGGUGGGAUUGCCAGCCAGAGGGAAGACCUACAUCUCCAAGAAGCUCACUCGCUACUUGAACUGGAUUGGAGUCCCUACAAAGAUGUUUAAUGUGGGCCAGUACCGCCGAGAGGCUUGCAAGACUUAUAAGAACUUUGAGUUCUUUAAACCUGACAACGACGAGGCCAUGAAGAUCCGCAAGGCCUGUGCAUCCGCCGCCCUCAAAGACGUGGCUGCCUACUUCACAAAGGAACAGGGACAAGUAGCCGUAUUUGAUGCUACCAACACCACCAGGGAGAGAAGGGCAGUCAUCAAUAGUUUUGCAAAGGAGAAAGGCUACAAGGUGUUCUUUGUGGAAUCAGUCUGUGAAGACCCUGACAUAAUCGCAGAGAAUAUCAAGCAAGUAAAAUUUGGGAGCCCCGAUUACGCGGAUCGUGACGUAGAUGAAGCCAUGGAAGACUUCAACCACCGCAUUGAGUGUUACAGGGAACACUACAUGCCUAUAGAUGAUGACAAAGACAGGAAGCUCUCCUAUAUCAAGAUCUUUGACGUGGGCAGUAGAUACCUGGUGAACAAGGUCCAGGACCACAUUCAGAGCAGGAUAGUCUACUACCUCAUGAACAUCCAUGUCACACCGAGAUCCAUCUACCUGAGUCGCCACGGAGAGAGCGAGCUCAACCUAUUAGGUCGCAUUGGUGGAGAUUCAGGCCUGUCCCCCAGAGGACAUAAAUAUGCCAGUGCUUUGGGAGCCUUCAUCAAGAGUCAGAAAAUCAAUGACCUGAAGGUAUGGACGAGCCACAUGAAGAGAACCAUCCAGACUGCAGAGGCUGUGGGAGUCCAGUAUGAGCAGUGGAAGGCUCUCAAUGAAAUAGAUGCUGGUGUAUGUGAGGAACUAACCUACGAGGAGAUUCAGGAGAAAUUACCAGAAGAGUUUGCAAUGAGAGACCAAGACAAGUACCGUUACCGUUACCCCAACGGUGAGUCCUAUGAGGACGUUGUCCAUCGUCUGGAGCCAGUCAUCAUGGAGCUGGAAAGGCAGGAAAACGUUCUGGUCAUCUGCCACCAAGCUGUAAUGCGUUGCCUGCUGGCCUACUUUCUAGACAAACCUGGAGAUGAGCUGCCUUAUCUGAAAUGCUCCCUUCACACUGUGCUCAAACUCACACCAGUAGCCUACGGGUGUAAAAUUGAGUCAUUUUUCCUCAAUAUUGAAGCUGUCAACACGCACAGAGACAAGCCAGAGAAUGUCGACGUCAACAGAAACCCAGAUGAAGCCCUGAUCACUGUUCCUGAUCACAUAUAGACGUUGUUUUGGAGAAACAGACCACAACCAUGUGAAAGUGUGUUACUACUCAUAAGCUAAACUAAAUGUUCAAGAUGCACUCCGGUUAAAGGUUGAUUGUAUGGAGGCAGAAGGAAGGGGUGCUUAAAGGCAGCAGACGACAAGAUGGUAAAAAGUUAAGUUAUUUCUGAAGCACAUGUAUUCCCCCUGCAGCGUCUACAGCUGGUACGGGAAGUUCUCUUUUAAAUAUCUCUGUCACCUGUUCCUGUGUCUUUUCUGACUCUAUUAAGUGCAAGAUUUUAAAAGUGGCAUUGUUUACAAGUGAGGGAAAUAUUUCUGUAUUUAAAGGCUGAGAGAAAAACAUAAAAAUAUGUAGGGAGGUUGUUAUAACGUAAGCCUACAUGCACAUGUAACUGUUGUACAGAUACUAAAAUAUGUUGUUGAUCGUCUAGGAAUCAGCACCAUGGAUAGCACCCAAACAAAACAAAACAAAAAAAGAAACUAUUUGUUGUAGAUUUGACAACUUGGCUGUAACAUUUGUAAUGUAGAUUAGAUGCCAAGCUUCAGGAAGGAUUGAAUGAAAUGUAUGUAUGAUUGAAUGUAAAUAAAUAAUGUAAAGAAAGUGUCACCUCAGAAAAUAAAUUCACAAUUCAA